UGGUUACUGGGGUAGAUCUCGAUGCGACUGACCUUCGAUAUGCAGUCAUCAUGUACCCUGAUGGGGGUUGGUGCAACAAUAAGAACAAUGACAAAUAUCCAAUGACAAAUAGGGGAUUAUUCAGUCUGUUUGUAGGGCAUCAGUACUAAGUAGAUAGGUACCAAGGUAAGUAGGUAGAUAUAAAUGAGAACCCCGAGGACCAGCCUUGCGUCUUCGUCGUUACCUAGGUAUAUUUGACGAAUGAAUCCUCCUCGGUGUUUACUCCUUGAUAUACGGGAAGCAAUCGACCAUCCUAGUAAAGGUUCAUCAAAAUAGUCGCUCAAAGUCAUGCCUCUCCCUUCUGACGAGAAGGUCGUCCAGACCAGUAGUGCUAUAGUCAGCACUUUGCAUAGCAUUUUCGGACCACACCCUGGAUUCAGACCUACACACGCAAAAGGGGUCUUGCUCAAGGGCACUUUCGCGCCCACCGAGGCAGCCAAGGCGCUCUCGAGAGCACCUCACUUCAACAACGCAUCAACCCCAAUAAUCGCGCGAUUCUCCAGCUCUACCGGGAUUCCUGAGAUCCCGGAUACUGAUCCUAACGGGAACCCGCGCGGCUUUGCCAUCCGAUUCGUACUAGCCGAGACUCCUCGCCGCGUUCACACUGACAUCAUUACUCACUCCGUAGACGGAUUUCCGGGAUCAAACGGGACAGAUGCCCUUGAAUUCUUUACCGCGCUCAAGGACGGUUCGAUCGGCGACUAUCUGGCUUCUCACCCGAAGGCGCUGGCCUUUGUUCAAGCCCCGAAGCCAACUCCGGCCAGCUUUGGCAAAGAGAAGUACUUCGGGGUGAACGCCUUCAAGCUUAUUGCAGCUAACGGGAAGGAAACGUUCAUUCGGUAUCGCAUCGUGCCUGAAGCCGGGGAGGAGUACCUCGACGAGGCAACUCUAAAGGAGAAAAGCCCAUCAUUCUUAUACGAUGGGGUGUCGGAACUGUUAAAAGGCGGACCAGUUGUGUUUAAGUUGAAAGCACAGAUCGCGGAAGACGGAGACGUAACUGACGACAAUACUGUCAAGUGGCCAGCAGAGCGUCAGGUAGUCGAUCUUGGCACAAUUAAGCUUGAUUCUAUUGCCGACGAUCAGACUGCACAGCAGAAGAGGAUAAUCUUCGAUCCAAUUCCGAGGGUUGACGGAGUUGAAGCAUCGGAAGACCCGCUCCUGGACGUUCGCGCCGGUAUAUAUCUCCUGAGUGGUCGUGAGAGACGCGCUGCAUGAAGAUUGUAUCUAUCAAACCAUUCUAACAAAGUGAGCUUGGCACAAGAUAAUGAGAAAAGCACUUUGCUGAGUCAGGCGAUUUGAAGGGGGGCAUAUAUCAGGUCGAAAACCCAAAAUUAAUGUCAUUGAAUCUUCCUAUGAUAAUAUGCGUUCAGAUAAGUUAUGCUAUAAUAGGACGUUUAGUAUGUCUCGUGCACCCACCAGUGUAUAGCCAAAAACUGGAACGUGGUGC